UACCUCUGCUUUACAAUCCUGAAAACCUAGUCUCUAAAAGCUUAAGUGAUUUGCCCACAUUAAUUCCAAUAGCAAGAGAGAAUAUAAAAAAAAUCCAUUUUCCUAAAAUUCAGUUUCCAAGACACUCUAGUAUUCAAACCCAGAUUCUGGACAGAAAUCAUAAACAAUUGGAACCAAUUACCUUGGGAAUGAAACUCAAAUUUGAGAGGUGCUUGGUGAACAUAGGGGAGACUCUACUAUGGAGGCUAUAUUUCAAAGGCAGCGUGAUCUAGUGGAAAAACUUUCCUAAGGAAAUGCAGAGUCCUUUUCUAUCUCAGGUUUCUUUUUUAUUUGAAGCUGGAAGUUCAAAGUUCAUGGUUUCAUUAAAAGAAACCUCAAAUCCCGAAGGUGAGAUAGCUGUCACCUGGAGCCCUGUAUGUUGUUCUACUCUUGGCUGGGAACAGUCACCUGGGAAUCAUUCCAGCAGGUGACUUCCAAAGUCCAACCUGCUAGGUUGAAAUCUGACACUGACAGAGACUCCCUAGGAGCUGCCACGGAAAGCUAAACCAGGAACCAGGAAAUGCACAAGCCUCUUUAUGUUGGAAAACAGCUGUGCUCCCCGGGAGACCAUACGCCAUGGGAAACCAGCUCUGCUGCAGGGGAAGCUGGAGCUGCCCAUCAACUUUCCAGAAGAAAAAGAAAAAAGGGAACCAAGCAAGACUCACAUUGAAGAAGCAGCAACAACAGCUGCAGCAGAAUUGCACAAAGGACCAUGAAAUAAGAGGACACAUGUAUGAGCAGGUGUUACAGCAGCCUAAAUCUCAAAAGAGGAAUCAAGACCUCAAGUUGGAGGAGAGCAACUUACAUUAUGCAGACAUUCAAGUGAACAGUCUUACCCAACCACGCUCUGCCAGUGAAGUGAAACACUGGUAUUUAGAAAAUGCUACAGAGUAUGCUACCCUUUGCUUCCCCCAGGCCACACCUCGAUAUGACAGCAAGAAUGGGACUCUGGUGUGAGCCUCCAGAGCAAGAACAGUUUCCAUCUUUUUACCACUACUCCUGUGGGGAGAAUCCACUGCUUUGGGGAAUGAGUGGCCCAGGGAUGUUGGCCACAUUUUAAUCUUAAAGAGCUCCAGAGCCCUUUGGAAUUAUGGAUGUCUCCAGCCUCUCUCCUAGGCUUCUUAUUUGCCAUUGUUAGCUUGGAGUUAUGAUUAGGUUAGUUAUGGGUGAAAGAGUUCCACAAAAAAAAUGGUUAAGUGGACUGUGCAGGAAGGUAGGCCCUUGACCCCUAACAUUGCUCCGGCUAGUGCGGAAAAAAACAGGCUCACGAUGAGCUGAUUGCAUUAAGUUUUAUUUAAUGGUAUCACUUUUAUACACCUUAAACUCCAAAGUUGAAGAGGGAGUGCUCUGGAAAACCAUUCUGAGCUUUUGCAUAUAGCCUCCAGGGCUGGCUUGGGCACUUCCCUCAGUGGCGGCGGGAUCAAGGGUCCCACACCUAGGGAGAUAAAUGGGGGCGUGCGCUGAGGCACGGAAGAAGCUUUCUCCAACCACUGGCCACGGGAACUUCAAGUCACCAAACAGCGUGGAGAAACCCGGAAACUCUUCUUGGCUGAACUGGUAGCUAUUGCUCCGUGGAGCCGCUCAAUCAAUAAACAGUGUGAGGAACA